AUGGAGGAGUACAUUCAGGAAGCCUUGCAACAGGGGUUCAUCCGUCCAUCCACCUCACCCGCAGCGUCGAGCUUCUUCUUCGUGGCCAAGAUAGAUAGGGGUCUGAGACCUUGCAUCGAUUACCAGGCCCUCAAUGACCAGACGGUGAAGUUCGCCUAUCCCCUUCCUCUGGUCCCUGUGGCCUUGGAGGAGCUCCGCGGGGCCCACAUCUUCAGCAAGCUGGAUCUAAGGAUCUAUAACCUCAUCCGCAUUCGCAGGGGUGACGAAUGGAAAACCGCCUUUGUAACACCCACCGGGCACUGGGAGUACCGGGUCAUGCCGUAUGGGCUUUCCAACUCAGCCUCCGUAUUCCAAAACUUCAUGAAUGAGAUCUUCAGAGACAUGCUCAACCGGUUCGUCCUCGUCUACAUAGACGACAUACUCAUUUACUGA